UCCAGAUGGUGUUUAAACGCAGACAGAAGGCUACAGCGAGGACAGAGAGAGAGAGGAGGAGGAGGAGAGAGCCGUGGAUAGUGCGCACGGUGGCCCCGCCAGCUCUACUCAUCACUGAAGACAAAACAAGUCCCAGAAUUAAAACAAUUGAGAAAUCAGCAGAGGCGAAAACAUCAAAUCGUCCGAUUGUGAUUUUAUUUUGGGGGGAAAUAUAAAGAAAAGUGAGUAUUUUUUUUCUCCAACACCGUCUGAAGUGUGAAGCUCGGCGCAAGAUCGGCGCGUCGGAGCAGGAGCAGCAGGAGGAGGAGGACCGGCACCGGAGAACAGCUCGGAGACGCGUGGUGGAGGAAGAGCAGACUGUGAAGACACUGUUUUUUCUUUUCUUUAUUCCACAAAGGAGACGAAUCUAUCCAUCUCGUCGGAUGCGACUUGUUCCUGACGCGCGGACUGUGGCUCAACUAAAGAGGACGGUUCGAAAGUUGUCACAGGGGGAAUAAAGACGCACCCUGCAGACAACAGGAUCCGCAUCUUAAUCAUUUGCGGUGUUUUUUUUAUUACAUGGGAGCCAAGAGGAGACGAUCUGUGGACAAAAUAUAACCCGGUUUAUAGUUUCGUCUGCGUAAAAACGAACCAAAAAGUGCGUUUUUUUUACGCAGCGUUAAUUGCAUAUUCGUUGUUUUCAUUUAUUCCUUCUCCCCGGAUGGUGAAAAUGAGCAAAGAGAGAGGAUUUACAUGACUGGGGAGAGUUGUGAUUUAUUUUCCACACAUCACAAAACACGAGACUGCAAAACCAAAGACAACAAGGAUCCAACAGCCCUGCAUAGUUUAAAUUUUUUCCUCUUUCCAUAAAACCGAGAAGAGAAAUACCUCAUAAUUUAUUAAACCUGGAAAGUCAAGAGACCUUUUGAACUUCCAAAGGAAACAUAAACCUUUUUUUUUCUUUUGAGUCACCUCCUUCCUUCUUCCCAAUAUCUCAAAAACAAACAACAAAACAAGGGGAUAGUUUUCCACACUAUUUAGCAAAACGCUUGAUCCCCUCUUUCAUCCCAAAAUAAUGAGGAUUAAGACGAUAUAAAAGGUGUUUUAGAGACUCUGGUGUGGAUUAUCACCGCUACCUCAGCUUGACUUCGACCUUCACAAACAGGCAGCAGCGGUGACGUAAGAACAAACAGAGCUGCUCUCUGCUGCAGCUGGCUGGAAAGAGGAAAAAACAGGAGCGAGGGAUACAGAGAGGGAAAGAGAGCGCUGGACAGCAGCUGUCAGGCCUCCAUCGCACACCUGUCACACAGGAAGUGAGCGCCGGCCACUGUUUCCUGGAUACACCUCCUCAAACACUGCUCCUGGAAGAAAUGAAGGGAGGACAUCUGCUGCGAGGGUAGCAGAGUGCAGAAGGUUGGAACAAUGCCAGAUUCACCUGCGGAUGUGAAAACCCAGCCCAGGUCCACCCCACCCACCAUGCCUCCACCACCCCCGGCUGUCAGCCAAGCAACCAAUCGCAGCGCUUCGUUCACCCCCACCACCAGUAAAUCAAUGCUGAACGGAAGCAGCCACUCUCCGACAUCGCUGAAUGGUGCUCCGUCCACGCCCAACGGCUUCAGCAACGGGCCGGCCAUGUCCUCGACGGCCUCGCUGUCCAACCAGCAGCUCCCGCCGGCCUGCGGCGCCCGGCAGCUCUGCAAGCUGAAGCGCUUCCUGACCACACUGCAGCAGUUUGGCAACGACAUAUCGCCCGAGAUCGGAGAGAGAGUGCGCAGCCUUGUGUUGGGACUGGUGAAUUCCACCCUCACCAUCGAAGAGUUUCACUCCAAACUUCACGAGGCCACCAACUUUCCUCUGAGGCCGUUCGUCAUUCCCUUCCUGAAGGCAAACCUGCCUCUGCUGCAGAGAGAGUUGCUCCACUGUGCCAGGUUAGCCAAGCAGACUCCAGCCCAGUAUCUGGCCCAACACGAGCAGCUUCUCCUGGACGCCAAUGCCAGUUCGCCCCUCGACUCCUCCGAGAUCAUGCUGGAGAUGAACGAACACGGCAAGAGGAGGACCCCUGACAGGACCAAAGACAGCUCAGAGAGGGAUGGCAUGCACCCAGAGCACCUCGCUAAGAGGCCCUGCACCAUCAGCCCCAGCCAACGCUUCAGCCCCAGCACGGGCCUUCCUGCUCACCCACCUCCUAACGGCCUCCCCACGCACCCUCCCAACGGCCUGCCCCACCCGCCCAACCCCCAAAUGGGACCCCAGCACUACCGCCUAGAAGACAUGGCCCUGGCGCACCAGUAUAGAGACGCUUACAGACACAACGAACACCGCGACGCUCGAGACAGGCAUCGGCAGACAGCAGUGCACGGCGCUCGCCAAGAGGAGGUGAUCGACCACCGUCUGACAGACAGAGAGUGGGCAGAGGAAUGGAAGCACCUUGAUAAUCUCCUGAACUGCAUCAUGGACAUGGUGGAGAAGACGCGCCGCUCUCUGACGGUGCUGCGCCGCUGCCAGGAGGCCGACCGGGAGGAGAUGAACCACUGGAUUCGGCGCUACAGCGACGUGGAGGAGAUGAAAAAAGGUGGGAGCAACGGACAGCACUGCCUUCCUCCUCCUCCUCUUCCUCCUCCUACUCCUCACCACAACUCCUCCUCCAACACAGCUAGCGGCAGCGAGCCACUGCCCAUAGGAACUCCCUCGGCUGUCGAAAGGCAGACAGGCAGACAGACAGAGAUCCACCGAGACUUCUUACACAGGCCUCCCUCAGGAUACCUGCCAGAGGAAAUCUGGAGGAAAGCCGGAACUACAAGCAUCCCGCUCUCCCCAGCACUAAAGCACCUCCAAAACAAGCAGGAGGAGGCCGUGAAUGAGGUGAAGCGACAGGCGAUGUCAGAGCUGCAGAAAGCGGUGUCGGACGCCGAGAGGAAGGCUCAUGAGAUGAUUUCAGCCGAGCGCUCUAAAAUGGAGAGGGCGCUGGCCGAGGCCAAGAGGCAAGCCUCCGAGGAUGCAAUCACAGUCAUCAACCAACAGGAGGACUCCAGUGAAUCUCAACAGAGCUGCUGGAACUGUGGGAGAAAAGCCAGUGAGACGUGCAGCGGCUGCAACACGGCUCGCUACUGCGGCUCCUUCUGCCAACACAAAGACUGGGAGAAGCACCACCACGUCUGUGGUCAAGGCCUGCAGGGGCUGCCAGGGGGCAGCAGCGUCCCCCUCGGCACUCCCUCCUCCAGCUCCUCAGCAUCCUCCGGUGCGCCCCCCACCCACACGGAGAGCACCCCGCCAGGACCCCUGACCCUGGCAGGCCAGAGCAGUAUUGCGGGAGGGGCAGGCAGCGGCGGCGGAAGCGUCUCUGCGAGCCCCAAGGAGAGCAGUUCCAGCAGUGCCUCUCGCUCCACAACUCCAGCCACCCCCGCCCUCCUGGAGGCCACCUCUCGCUGACGCCUGACCCUCGCCCCUUCCCUGCAUACUGAUGCGACAGUGCCCACACUCCACACAAAAACCAAACUGAGGAAUCUUCAUUGCACACUGAUCCCUUUCCUCCUCCCACAUUUCCCUCUAAGCUCUUCUGAAAAUAUUCUCACUACCUGAUGACAGACUCUUGUAACCUCCCCCCCCCCAAAAAUACUUUUUCUCUUUUUCACAACCACAUUCAAAGAUUCCAGCCUGGGGUUCAGUGUAGUGUAAAGCAUGAAUAGUGCAGUGUCUCCUAUCUCUGUAACAGAAACAUAUCAGAUGUGUUUGCUGAGAACAUGAACUUUGAUGUAAUGUAAGCAUGGGAAAUAGUGUCCAUGUAAGGACACAAGACAAGGGCUGCAGUAAGGCAACAUCGACGGGGGGAUGACUAAGCCGAUUAGCACUUGGGUAGGAUUUCCCUUUAAUUAAGUACCAAUGAGAGAACAGUACCCAGCCCUGAGAUGUGCACUACUAGUCCAGACAGUUCACUGAUGUGGCACUUUUCCUCCAGUGUCCUAAUGGAAACAGGCAAGGAACAUAAUACCUUUUUUUCAAAUGGAUGAUGGGAAGGGGAAAAAAACCUGUGAUGCGAUUAAUUCCUCAGAAACACAGCUUAGUAUUUAUUAAAUGUUUCUUUCUGGCUUUAAGGGAAAAAUAAAGAAAAGUCCAAAUAUUCUAACUAAAGAAUAAUAGUGAUGCUGAUGAUAACAAUAAUGAUAUGAGAAUAAAUUAAUUUUAAAACUGCUAACUACCUUGCUAGCGAGCCAAGAAAAUCUACACCGGACUCACCUCUCUGCACCAUUGUGAACCCAAAUGAAUUCAAAGAUGAAAAACAACAUGAUCCAAACCUUUGUAUUACACUGCCAAAGUGAGUAAGUAAGCGAUAAGGAGAAGCACUCAUAACCAAACGCAAAGCAACAUCACCUCCUCAGCAGAUAAGCCAGCCCUGAGAGGACCAGGCUGCAGAGAAGCUGCAGAGCGGGACCCAGAGAUAGACAAAAAAAACAAAAAAAAACAAAAAAACUGUGACUUGGUUUGAUCUGCAGCCGCCUCCUGCAGCCUCGACAAAAGGACAGUGAUUCCUCAGUGAUGGCCCCGACUAGUGAACAUGGACAAUGCUGUGAACUUGCCUACAAGAGAAAGACUUCACGAGACGAAUAGAAAACCCUGCCACAGUGUGAUUUUUUUUGUGAAUGGUAACAGAGAGGACAGGAAAAGCUACACGGCCUCAAAGGGAGUCGAUGCGCGGCGACGGAGCUGCCAAAAAAACCUCAAAACAAGAUUGAAAACAUUUUCCAAGAAGGCAUGGCGUACUACAGAGACGUAUGGGAAGAUUGUUUCUAUAUCGUUUUUUUUGAUAUUUCAAAGGAAUUGCUGUUACCUUUACAUUCGCUUCCUCCUUUUCCAAAGCAUGAUAAACAGAUGAACGAGCCGAGUAAAAGGGUGGUGUAGACUUGGUUAUCCUCUCUCUUUCUACCUCCCCUCACCCCACACCUCCCCUUCUAUGCUCUUCCCCCCCGACUACUUGACUCACGUUUGCUCCCUAACCACACAGCCUGCUUCGGACGGAGCCUCCGAGGCAGCCGCAUGGGAAGGGUUCAAACCUGCUUGUAGAUAUUGUUCCUCUUUCCAUUUUUUUGAUAAUGUCUCUUGUCGCUGAUUGUCCACAUGUGCUGCCCUCGUGUGUGUCCAGAAAGAUGGACUUUGUUUUCGGUUCCGUUUUUCCUUUUUUUCCUUUUCCUCCUUUGAGUUCGGGCUGAGCAGUGAAGUCAGAGCAAGGACACUCGUUUACGAGAGGAAGUCCCACAUUGUACUUAUUGUUUGAUUUCUUGUAUCUAUAUUGACGAGAUGAAACCCCCUCUUGUAGAAUAUUUUGUAUUGCUCGCAUUGUAAGACAGUGAGAGGACGGAGGUGCAAUAUGAAGAGAAUUCAGCUACUGAAUGGAACCUCAGCAACUGCCCAUAGGGUGUCAUAUAAUAUAGAUACAUAUAAAUAUAUUUAAAGUAACAUCAGUAACUUAAUGUGAAUGUACAUAGUAUUUAAAGAGGUCCAAAAAUGUGUUUGCCAAAUAACAGAAACCUUUAAAGUUUAAUGUCCAGAAUAUGAUUUUCUCACAGUUCAUUUGUUUCUCGAAUUUAUCAAUUUCUUUUUUUUUUUCUCUUUCUCUCAAGCUAAACACUUUCAAUUUUACCUGUAAACAAAAGUGUAACACCACCCGGAGUGGCUCCGUAAAAGGCCACGAUGCAUGUUGCUGAAAAUGGAUGAAAAAAGAUUUAGGGUGGAUGGACAAGACAAGACAAGACAGGACUUCCUGUACAUUUCUUUUUAAAUAAUUCGGCCUUAAUUUACAAUUUAAAAUAAGAAAAUCAGCCAAAUUAUAUAAUACUCUGACACAAAAUGAAAUAAAUAAAUAGCUGUUGUCAUGUGCUUCAUCCACCACAGGUCUGUUUACAUCCUGCAGGAGGGGACUCAACUGUGUGUGUUUUAUCCUACUAUCAAUUAGAAAACCCCAGUAUGGUCAAUAUUUAAAAAACAAAAAAAAGGUGGUGUCUCAUUUUCAAUAGUUGCACCAAAUGCAGAAACUGUCAAACUUGAUAUAUCGAAUCAAGCAUUCUGUUUUUUCUCCAAGUGACCCUCUCUCUUGGUCCUCGUCAACUUGUGUGUAUGUGUGUUUGUGUCCCCCCCAAAGGUGCAGGGCAAACCAUCAGUGUAGGUUUGAAAUGCCAGUGUUAAGCUACAGUAAACUCUAAAGCUAAUUUCGAUACCCAACCAUUGAAAUGUUGCUUUCUUUUUUGCCAAGUGAGCAUAUCAACUUGAGAUUGAGGGAGGUUUAGGUUAUUUUAUUUUCUUUAGCCCUCCACACAUGCUGGAGCAAUACGAUCGCCCUCUUGUAAACAGUCUCAAGGCCUUUAAAUGAUCAUGGUAUAUCCGUAAGGUUGGCCUCAUACACACUUGGACCAAAUUUGAAAAAAAAUCAUGUUUUUUCAUUUGUCAACACAUGGAUCAAACUUUUUGUUGACUCUGUGAAACAUAUCAUUCAAAUGAGAUAAGCUGCAAGGUACCCCUGCAUCUGUGUGUGGCAUUUUUGUACUGUUUGUGUGUGUCAUAACUAAUGUGGUGUUGAUCUCAGCCUUUUUGUGUCGCCUCCCCCUCCCUCCAUCAAAUGUCCGCCUCUUCCACGACUGUCCCACAGACCACUCUACACGACCCCCCCCUCUCACACUAGCUACCUCCUGUGACCAUACAGCUAACCACCAGGAGAGGUUGACCUGGACUUUGAAAAAAAAAAAAGCUGGGCUGAGCGCAGACAUGGAAGUGCACAUUGAAAAAGCGAUCAUCCAAAUCUGUCUGAUAACGGGCGUUGAAAGGAACUGUCAUUCAUCAUGAUGUGGAAACAAAUAUUUACUCCCACCAAAACCUCACCUUUUUGAUGACAUCCCGUUAACCAAACUGAUGCUGCAGGAAUUUAGUAAUACGUUACCUGCAGGUUACCAAACUGACACAUAGAAUCCACCAUGACAUGUACAUUUGUCGUCCAAAAACCAAUAAAAGCACAGACCAAAGUACUUCUGCAUUGCCAUAGUAGGCUUUGACACCGUGUGUGUACCGACAGACCGUAAAUAAUAAGGUUAGACCACCAUUACAGCCGUUAACCAAAGUGUCUGAAAUACACACACUCGGAGCACAAGAGAGAAGAACAUGCUCAAGGAAGCGCCUAGUUUGAAAUGUGUAGAAUUCCUAUUCAAGCAAUCAAAGCGCUUGUUGUCUACGUAUUGAAUAGUGCUUCUGUAAAAACAAUAGAGGCCUCUCCUUUGGAAAAAGCCUCCUGAUUGCGUGUUCUUACAGUUACAAAGCCUUGCAGAGAUAAAAAUGAAUGCAUGGUGGGUGCGUGUGUGUGUGUGUGUGUGUGUGUGUGUGUAUUUGUGGUGUGUGUUUUUGUAAAAAAAAAAGAAGAAAAAUCCUUUUUCUUUGUGUCUCUGUACAAACUACUUGAAACCUUCAGAGCUUUAAUGAAACAUCCCAGACAGACUAUCCUGGCAGAUCGAUUUGCAAUAUGUAGCAACAGCUUUGUUCAGUCAAACACCAUGUUUCACGCAUGAUAUCCACAUCAAACGACACAUUAAAUAACACUUCAAUGGCAGUUCCAUUCAACUCAAUUAAGAGCUUUGCAUGUGCCUCCUUGUCUGCAAGUAAGCCCUCAGAAAAACCCGACAAAGCCAAACCCAACAGACCACUUUUAAAUGACCAAAAUACAACCAAAAGCUACAACUUUCUUCUUUAGGUUUCAGUUUGGUUCAGGUUUUUUGUCUCGUGUCCCGGCAUCCGAGAACGUCACGUCCCACCAAUGUGAGUGGGAGGAGAGGGAAAUCUGUCCUUCACUGACUCCGAUCGGACGAAGAUCUAUUCGAUGUUCCGCUCAGCUGGGUGUGAGCUUCGUUCAGUCAUGAAACAAAUGAGAUUGGUGCCGAGGUGUCAUGUACGUUUCUCUGUGAAGAUAUUUUAGAUGGCAAACUCAUAAGGGCUCUGCUUUUCGUUCGUACCAUCCAAGGGUCUCCAAACACUUCACAUCAGCCACUUUUCUGUUUGUUCAACUAUGUACAUGAUUUGGGCAAAACGCAUGUUUAGAGAAGACGAAUAUUAGCAGGUUGGCAUUCGUUCCUUCCCUACCCGAACCAUUAACUCUACCAAUGAAGUUUCAAGGCUCGUCUGAUGUGAUGGUGACACGUCCUUCCUGUGAAACAGGCACUGAUGAACAGCUACAGUAGAAAGAUAACAGUGGAUUCAGCACUAGUUUUCCCAAAAGCCAUGGCUCAGGAUGGUCUUGUUUUUACCUUUACAUGAACAGAAAAAAGGUUUAUGGUUUUCUAUGUGUAGGGAAGCAUUCUAUACUGUAUUGUGCAAUACAUUAUUACAGAAAAAUCAGUUUCUGUAGGAAAGGUUGGCGCUUUGAAGAUCUUUCUCCUUCUUUUGUUUUAUUUUCCUCUUCAGAAAGUCAUGUUGCCGUUUUUAGAUGAAGUAAACUGUGCCAGAAGAAUUAAAUUCUGAUUUGUAUUUAUUUCUUGCAUGCUUUCCUCCCUGUUGCUAAUACCACUCUUUAACUGUUCGCUCUGUUGGAUGUGUGAAGCUGUAAAACAUUCUAAUUCAGGUUAUUGUCUGUGUUGAACAAUGUAACAGUGUAAUUAAAACAUGAAAUUAAGUAUUCA